AUGUCGUCGGUGGUUCCGGAGCGGGGCGUGGGCGAUAUGGGUGGUGGAGGCGGCAGUGGCACAAGUUUGGACGCUGCGGGCUCAGUCGACAAUUGUUUUGCUGACAAGAAGUGGGAGAUAUGGUUUCAUUUAGAAGGAAGAAACCCUGUGAAAAGGGGUAUAUAUGAGUCAGAUAUAUCUUUUCUUACUCUACAAUCACUCAUUGCUAGUGAAGGGUAUGGGCAGAGUGAUUACAUGUACUAUGUGAAGGAGGAGGAAAUUGGAUCUGAAAGAGUAAAGUAUUUAGGUAAUGUAGCUAGUGUUCAUGAAAUGUUGGAGUUUUUUAAUCAUGUCAAGGUUGUGAACAUAAGGGUUGGGAGAGAUGUUGAACCUGGAAUAAGUACACAAGCUAAUCAGAAUUACAUGAACACUCAAGAGAGUUGUUGUUUGAAAAAGGUUGUGGAGCAAUCUGAGCUUCAGAAUGAGAUAGAUGAUAGAAAGGCUCAGCUUGAGAGGAGCAGGAUUCAAAGAGGGGCAGAUUUGAACCACUUUGAAGGAGACACUGAAGUGUAUGAAUUUUGUUCUGAUGAUUCAGUUCAUUCAGAUGGGAGUGCUGAAGCUGUUCAACAAAUGGAAAUAGAGUGUGGCUCUGAAGAGGAAACAACAUUGCAAACUACUGCUAUUGUGAAACAUGUGAAGAACCCUGGUCCAACUAGCAGAUGUCACAAUGAGGUAGAGAAAAAACGUUUUGAAGAUUGGUUUCCUGAAGCAGAUGAGUUUUGUUUUGCUGGUGAUGCAGGCAUAUGUGAUGAGGAAGAAGAAGAUGAAGUUGAACUACCAUACCUCAUGAAGAAGCCAAAGACAAAGAGUAGUAAGAAAAAGAUGAAGGAAAGGUUCAGAGAAGCAUUAAGAGAUUUUCAUAUAAGGACUUUGAGAUCUUUUCACUACCACAGGAACACUCCAACAAGAAUUAUUGUUUGCAUUAGAGCAGAGAACACAAAGGUUACUACUAAGUGGCUUUCCAAAGCAGUUGAGCCUUCUCUUAGAGCAGAUCCUAGAGCACCUGUGGAUUCACUUAUUAAAAACAGCAAAGUCAAGUUUUCAGUUGAUGUAUCAAAGAGUGUGGCCUAUAGGGCAAGGAGGAAGGCUAUUAAGGUUGUACAAGGUGACCAGAAGGAGCAGUACUAUAGACUGAGGGACUACCUACAAGCAGUUAUUGAUACAAACCCUGGUAGCAGGUGUAUAGUUACAACAUUUGAGGAUCCAGAAAACCCUGCCCCAACUCCUAGAUUUAAGUACAUGUUCUACUGCUUGCAUGCAUCAAAGCAAGGAUUUCUUAAUGGUUGCAGGCCCUUUAUAGGGCUUGAUGGUUGCUUCAUCAAGCUAACCACUGGACAGCAGAUUCUUGCAGCCACAGGAAGAGAUGGCAACAACAACAUCUACCCCAUAGCCUUUGGUGUGGUUGAUAAGGAAGAUUCAGAGAGUUGGACAUGGUUCCUAACCCAGCUAAGAUUUUGCAUUGGAAGUGGAAGCAAAUUUGGAACCUACACCAUUAUUUCUGACAGGCAAAAGGGUCUUCUUAAGGCUAUAAAUGAGGUGUUCCCUGAUUCCCCUCAGAGAUACUGCCUCAGGCACAUAUAUGCAAAUUUUCAGUCAGCUGGUUUCAGAGGAGCAGAACUAAAAAAGCUAGUAGAUCAGGCAAGCUACUCAUUCACCAAACAUGGCCAUGAAUUAGCAAUGGCAGAGCUUAAAGCAGAGUGUGAGGAUGCCUGGAAGUGGCUUACAAAAAUUCCAAAGGAGACUUGGUGUAGGUCUGCAAUGGAUUACAAUUGCAAAACUGAUCUUGUUGUGAACAACCUUAGUGAGGUUUUCAACAAAAUGAUCCUUGAUGUUAGGGCCAAACCAAUUAGGACUAUGUUUGAAAGAAUUAGGACUAAGCAGAUGAUCAAAAGGCAGAAGACUAGGGAAAAAACAGAGAACAGUAGGUGGAUGAUCACACCCAACUAUUCAGAGAAACUAGAGGAGAAUAAGAAGUAUGCCAAAUUUUGUGAGGCACAUAAGGCUGGUCCUGACAUUUGGCAAGUGUCUAGUAAGGAAAAUCAGUACUAUGUCAACCUAGCUACUAACUCAUGUGACUGCAGGAGGUGGGACAUGACAGGUGUGACAUGCAGUCAUGCAAUAGCAGCAAUGAGCAAGAUUCACAUGCACCCAGAGGACUAUGUGCAUGAAUUUUUCAAGAAACCACUAUAUAUUGAAGCAUACAAAGACAUAGUGUACCCUGUCCCUGGUCCUGGAUUCUGGCCUGACACCCAUACUCAGGAUAUAGAGCCACCAGUGUUCAAAGGAAAAGCAGGGAAGAAACAAACAGCUAGGAGAAAGGGCCAGUUUGAGGUGCGUGCACCAAAAGACACAAGCAGGAUGGGAACAAUUACAUGCAACAAUUGUGGUCUACAGGGCCAUAGAUAUACUUACUGUGGGAAAGCUCUAAACCCAAGUCUUCAGAUGAGAAAGAACUUACACCAGGUCAUUUAA